GGGAAACGCACUGCGCAGGCGCAGCUGCUUCGGCUCCUCUCGCCCUAGCGCUCCGGCCCAGCUCUCGCGGAUAAGUCUCGACAUCGCGCGCCCCCCCCCCGGGACAGCCCCCUCCCCCUUCGCGGCGGCGUAGAAGAUAAACAAUAGUUGGCCGGCGAGCACGGAGCGUGUCUCCCGCCGCGGGGUUCGGCGGGCUGCGUGGGACCGGCGGGAUCCCGGCCAGCCGGCCAUGGCGGGGCUGUACUCGCUGGGAGUGAGCGUCUUCUCCGACCAGGGUGGGAGGAAGUACAUGGAGGACGUUACUCAAAUCGUGGUGGAGCCCGAGCCGACGGCAGAUGAAAAGCCCUCGCCGCGGCGAUCUGUCGCUCAGCUGUCGCCUCCGCAGCCGCCACUGCCGGCUCCGGCUGGCACCGGAGUGUCGGGGAAGGGCCCGGCGGUGUUCGCCCGAGAAGCGCGAGACCAUCCCCCGGACGCCGGGGCCUCGCCGGCCCCCGGUCGCUGCUGCCGUCGCCGUUCUUCUGUGGCAUUUUUCGCGGUGUGCGACGGGCACGGCGGGCGGGAGGCGGCACAGUUUGCCCGGGAACAUUUAUGGGGUUUCAUCAAGAAACAGAAGGGAUUCACCUCGUCCGAGCCGGCGAAGGUUUGCGCUGCCAUCCGCAAAGGUUUCCUGGCUUGUCACCUCGCCAUGUGGAAGAAACUGGCAGAAUGGCCAAAGACUAUGACAGGUCUUCCCAGCACGUCAGGAACAACUGCCAGUGUGGUCAUCAUACGGGGCAUGAAGAUGUACGUAGCUCAUGUGGGUGAUUCAGGGGUAGUUCUUGGAAUUCAAGAUGAUCCGAAGGAUGAUUUUGUCAGAGCCGUGGAGGUGACACAGGACCAUAAGCCAGAACUUCCCAAGGAAAGACAACGAAUCGAAGGACUUGGUGGGAGUGUGAUGAACAAAUCUGGAGUAAAUCGUGUAGUUUGGAAACGACCUCGGCUCACUCACAAUGGACCUGUUAGAAGAAGCACAGUUAUUGACCAGAUUCCCUUUUUGGCAGUAGCAAGAGCACUUGGUGAUUUGUGGAGCUAUGAUUUCUUCAGUGGUGAAUUUGUUGUGUCACCUGAGCCAGAUACAAGUGUGCACACACUUGACCCCCAGAAGCACAAGUAUAUUAUAUUGGGGAGUGAUGGACUUUGGAAUAUGAUUCCACCUCAAGAUGCCAUCUCUAUGUGUCAGGACCAAGAGGAGAAAAAGUACUUGAUGGGUGAGCAUGGACAAUCAUGUGCCAAAAUGCUUGUGAACCGAGCGCUAGGACGUUGGAGGCAGCGCAUGCUUCGAGCAGAUAAUACCAGUGCCAUAGUAAUCUGCAUCUCUCCUGGAGUGGACAGUCAGGGAGAUUUCACCAGUGAAGAUGAACUCUAUCUGAACCUGACUGAUAGCCCUUCCUAUAAUAGUCAAGAAACCUGUGUGAUGACUCCUUCUCCAUGUUCUACACCACCAAUCAAGUCACUGGAGGAGGAUCCGUGGUCAAGGCUGAGCUCCAAGGAACAUAUACCUGUCCUUGUUCGUAGUAACGGCUUCUCAGAGAAUUAUUUAGAAACCCAAAGCGAGAUAGCACGAGGAAGUGUCCAGUCUGCAGUCAUACCUGCAAAAGAUCCAGAGCUGCUUGAAGAAAAUUGUACUAAAGCCCUGACUUUAAGGGUACAUGAUUCUUUGAAUAACAGCCUAUCAGUUGGCCUUGUGCCUACCAAUUCAACAAACACAAUUAUGGACCAAAAAAAUUUAAAGAUGUCAACUCCAGGUCAGAUGAAAGCCCAAGAAGUUGAAAGAACCCCUCCUGCAAACUUUAAAAGGACAUUAGAAGAAUCCAACUCUGGCCCUCUUAUGAAAAAACAUAGACGAAAUGGCGUAAGCCGAAGUGGCGGUGCACAGCCUGCAAGCCUCCCCACCACGGCCCAGCGAAAGAACUCUGUUAAACUUACCAUGCGACGCAGACUUAGGGGUCAGAAGAAAAUUGGAAAUCCUUUACUUCAGCAGCACAGAAAAACUGUUUGUGUUUGCUGAAAGGUAUCUGGAAAAUGUUUUUCCCAAACUUGGAAUGUAAUAGGGCUUUUUAAAGUUGGUGCCGAAGUUGAACUUUUUUUAAGGGGACAAAAUAAAAAUAAUAUACAGUUUGACUUUUUGGAAUUCAACAGUUUUUCUGGCCUUGUCCUUGCUUGUAUUAUAACUGUGAAUUUUGUAGAUGUUAGGGUGUAAGUUGCUGUAAGAUGUGUGUAAAUUUGUUUCCUUCACACAAACUCAGUCUCUUAUUCUGACACAGUAAAUGUAAAAAUAGGGCUAAAUGUUUAAAAAAGAAAUCAAAAGAAUCUAUUAGAUUUUAGAAAUACAUUUAGACUUUUUACAAUGCUUAAGAAAUUUGUAUAAGUCACUUGUGAUGCAAACUAUACAACUUUUUAAAGUAAAUUAUUAAGCAAACUGGAAAAGUGAUGUAUUUUCAUAGUGACCUGUGUUUCACUUAAUGUUUCUUAGUAACUAGUCUCUUUUAAAAAUUAUUUUUUAUUUCUAAUUACAUAAUUCAGAACUAAAUUUUUCACAGACACAAAUGUGUUGAGCCAUGCUAAAGUAGCUGGGUAUUAGUCUUGUCCUAAUUAAACUAUUAUGCAUUAUCUCUUUUUUCAGUGGCAUUUUUAUAAAACAUUAAUCAUCAGAUAUAUUCAGCAAAUCUUUGGAUUAGAAGGAGGUGUAUUUGCCGAAAAGGAUGCUCUUCUCAAUCAUCACAGACAUUCAGUGGCAUUAUUAGGUCUUAAAGUAGUUACCUUCUUCUCGUGUUUGCAUAAAAUAUGUGAAGUUUUUCUUGCUAUUCAAUAAUGGAUGGUGCUGCUAAUUCCCAACAUUUCUUAAAUUAUUUUAUAUAUCGUAUAGUUUUCAUUGAUUAUAUGGAUAUGUUUGCUCAUCUAAUAAAUCAGUGAACUGUUCUGAUGAUGCUG